GAUUGUUUUCAUUGAGACCCCACUAAUGCGGAAGUGUCACUCUGUACAUCUUCCCCGUGGCUCUGAAGAGGGGUGUGCUGUGAGUUUUAGCAUUCUAUGCCAUAUUCUAGCUCAAAUGUGGCCAGCGAAGGUAAACAAUCAAACCAAUUCUUGGAUUGCAUUUACAGGGAGCAGCUAUCGAGUACAAUCUAGCUUCCUUGGUAUAUGUUGUCUUUCCGAUAGGGCUCUCGGCGUUGUGUGUUAGUUGUAGCAGGUCAAGGUUUGCUAUCCAGCCAAUAUGAAACUGAAAGAGUUGGAAAGUUGUCUUCAACAAGUGGACGCCUUUGAAGAACCCAAAAUUCUUCUUGAACAAUAUCCAACCAGCCCUCACAUUGCAGCAUGUAUGCUUUAUACAAUCCACAACACAUUUGAUGACAUCGAGGGCAAAUUGGUUGCAGAUUUGGGAUGCGGAUGUGGCGUUCUUAGCAUUGGAGCAGCAAUGCUUGAUGCAGGUUUGUGUGUUGGGUUUGACAUUGAUGACGAUGCACUGGAGAUAUUCAAAAGGAACUCUGAGGAAUUUGAGCUGACCAACGUAGACCUGAUCCAGUGUGACAUGUGCUCCCUGAGAUCCCAUGCAUAUGCCAAGAAAUUUGACACUGUGAUAAUGAAUCCUCCAUUUGGUACCAAACACAACCAAGGUAUGGACAUGCAGUUUCUGAGGACAGCUUUAACUAUGGCAACAACAGCAGUAUAUUCCCUUCACAAAACAUCAACACGAGGCCACAUACAGAAGAAAGCAAGUGACUGGGGAGUAAAAAUGGAAGUAAUAGCAGAGCUAAGAUAUGACUUGCCAGCGUCCUACAAGUUCCACAAGAAGAAAUCGGUUGACAUCAAGGUGGACUUUCUACGGUUUUCCACAACAUGAAGCCUCCACUGGAAUGGAAUAAAGUUGUUUUCAAUGGGUAUCUUUUUAAAUAAAAUGCUUCAAUGAGACGUGCUAGUACAUUUAAGAACCAUUUUCAGUUUUGACAACUUUUGCAGCUGGAGCAUCAGCAUCUUUGCACACUCCUUCCAGGGCUCGCUUCUUCGGGCUCGGAGGUGCUAUUGGAGAAAUGAAAGUUAAAAGAAAAGAUUAGAUACUCAAUUGUUCCAAAGUUUAUAAUUGACAGACAUGUCUCAGCAUAAUCAUAUUAUAUUGCAUGACUAACAACUACUCUUACCGUCAUCAUCACUAUCAUCAAAUUUGGUCUUUCUGCCUUGGUAGUGUGAUUUGCCAUCACGUCCACCCCUGUCCCUUCGUCCUCCUCUCCCCCCUCUACCACCUGAUUUUCUGCCACCUGUAAAGAGAGGAAUUGCACCAUCAGAUCAGAAAUGACAUUAUGAAGAGAAAUAAAACGCCUAGAAAUCAGUUACCUCUACCACCUCGACGUCUGUUGAGAGAUUCCUGUUGGUCUUCAAUUAUUUUUUUCAGAGCUUCCCUCUCUGCAUCUCCCUCCACCACCUCCCACGUAACGUCUUCGCCUUUAAUUUUCAAGUUUCCUCCACUUGCUUCCUUGGCCUUAUUAAGAGCUUCCUUGGCACUCACUCUGAAGAGGAUGGUACCCUGUAAAAUACAUAAUUAUUUCCUAUGACAUUCAUUUGUAAUUGAAGGGUGGUUCAAACAGUUUAUUACACUGCAAUUACUACCUCUUUGGCACCCCUGGUGAAAUCAAUCCAUUUGAUUUGACCAUGACCUGAGAACACCUCGUGAAAGUCCUCUCUUGAAACACUGUCAAGAUUGCCUGAGAACUUCAACAGGCAUCCGGUCUGCUCGUCCAGAGAUUUCUAUAGUGUAAAAUAAAGCAGCAGACCAUUAGAACAACUUUAAACCUCCAUGUUUUGGGAAGAAAAAUACAUAGGGUCCUGAUCAAUAGAAGCAAACAGGAGAAAAUGGCUUAAAUAGGUGGUGCUACAAAACUGGUCCAAUAACAGAUGCUACUUUCAAAAUGUUCAGCCAUAAUGAAAACAAUCUCAUUAAGGAUUUGUGAUAGCAAUUCCAGAGAUCUUACCAUUUCCUCUUCCUCUGCUUGUUUUUGUUUUUCAUCCUUGUCACUAAAACAAAUUUAAUUUGGAACAAUUUACUAUAACAUAAAAACAUUCAGGAAGGAAAAAACAUGAUUAAAAGGUCAGUAAUGUGCUCACUGUUUAGCCUUAGCCUUGGACUCUGCUUUUAACAGUUUUCUAUCCUCUGAUUUCUUUGCAUGGUAGUCCUCUCUGAAAACACAAGCGCAGAGUUAAUUCAUAGCCUUUUCACCAUAUUAGACUUGGUCGCGGUAGCUUAGCAUCCGCCUACCUUGAAAGUAUAAUCAUUUCAUUUUCUUUGAAUGAUUUGGUGUCUGUGCGUGCUAGGAACUGCUUUGAUGCUUCUUCAGUGUCAAAAACCAGGAAUACUGAGCCCUGAAAAUGGAUGGAGAUGCUGAGUUUUGUAUUACACGCAUUGUUUUCAUGUACCAAAUAAACUUCCCCCUGGUGGGAUAAUAAAGUUGA